AUGAAGAAACCGGAUAUACAUUAUCGGUUUGUCAGGAAACAAAGUAAACUCGACAGAUUCCUCGUCAAUUCUAGCUUUUUUAAUGUUUGGCCUGAGGCGGAUGUUGAAGCGGUUUCGACGUUUUUGUCCGAUCACUGUCCGAUUAUUUUAAAGACGGAAUUGUCUAAUUUUGGUCCCAAGUCGUUCCGAAUUUUCAACUCUUGGUAUGAUAAACCGGGUUUUUAUGAUACGGUUGUUUCGGCCUUGAGCAAGGAUCCCGGAGUUAAUGGCCCUCCUGAUAUUUGUCUGUUAAAAAAGUUGGGCUUUCUCAGGGCUGAGUUAAAGAAGUGGAGAGAUGAGAUGUUAAAGAAAAAGUCGGAAGACUUGUCGGCGGCUUUGUCGGACCUCGAAGAGAUCGAGGAGACCCUAGCAGUUCGGAUCCUAACUGAAGAGGAUGAGUGGAUUCUUAUAGAAAGCAAAAAGAUCCUUAAGGAGGAAGAAGAACGGAAAAGUAGUGACUUGAGACAGAGGUCGAGGAUUAAGUGGGCUAAGGACGACGACGAAAACUCUAAGUUCUUUCAUGCUUCGGUUAAUUGCAGGAAAUCAUCGAACCCGAUUCAUGGUCUGGAUGUCAAUGGUGCUUGGGUGUCGAAGCCAUCUCUUAUCAAGAAGGAGGUUUUUAAGUUUUUCAGAGCCAAGUUCGUUGAAGAAUGGGUUAGCCGCCCUCGGCUUGUUUGUUCCGAUAUAAGAAGGAUUAUGGGAGAGGAGUCGUUGUUUCUUGAUGCUCAGUUUUGCAUCGAAGAAAUUAAAAGUGCAGUUUUUGGUUUCAGUGAUGAUCGGGCCCCGGGCCCGGAUGGUUUUAGCUUCUGA